GGGGCGGUGGGAGAAGGAGGUGGCGUUAGCUGGAGCCCCAGACAGCUGGAGGGGAUAAACAGAGGAGGGGGCCGCGGAGGGCUCGGGUCCCAGCCAGGCCGGGGCUGCGAAGCCUGGCGACCGGCUCAGGCUGCCACCCAGCCACUCACCUCCCGGAGGGGCCCCUGCCCUGGCUCGGGCUUCGGGCCGCCCCCCUGCAUGGAAGUUCAGGGGCUUCGUCCACUGGCUGCUGCGGCUGCUGAGCCUGCCCUGAGGAGGCCUGACAGGUAAUUUCAAUGCCGUCUGUAUGGACACGAACUCUACUGGAAUGCUCGGAUGCACAGCAACACCUCCACUAGCUUGCUUUCGUCAGCCCUAUUGUGAGAAGAUGGCAAAAGCAAACAUUACUAGAGACCUCAUCCACAGGCAGCUCAAGGAGAAGGGUGCCCUCAGCUUUGAACGACACUAUCAUGUCACUGACCCCUUCAUCCAGCGCCUGGGCUUGGAGGCAGAGCUGCAGGGUCAUACUGGCUGUGUUAACUGCCUUGAAUGGAAUGAAAAGGGAAAUUUGCUGGCCUCUGGCUCUGAUGACCAGCACACGAUAGUCUGGGACCCGCUGCACCAUAAGAAGCUCCUCUCCAUGCAUACAGGACAUACAGCAAACAUAUUCUCAGUCAAGUUCUUACCACAUGCGGAGGAUCGGAUACUUAUCACUGGGGCUGCCGAUUCCAAGGUGCAUGUCCACGACUUGACGGUUAAAGAAACCAUCCAUAUGUUUGGGGAUCACAAGAACAGAGUCAAGCGUAUUGCCACAGCUCCCAUGUGGCCCAACACCUUCUGGAGUGCGGCUGAGGAUGGGCUGAUUAGACAGUAUGACCUGCGAGAGAACAGCAAACACUCAGAGGUCCUGAUUGACCUGACGGAAUACUGUGGACAGCUUGUGGAGGCAAAGUGUCUCACUGUCAACCCCCAGGACAAUAACUACCUGGCAGUGGGAGCCAGCGGGCCUUUUGUACGGAUCUAUGAUAUACGCAUGAUCCACAAUCACAGAAAAACAAUGAAACAGAAUCCCACAGCUGGAGUCCAUACAUUUUGUGACCGGCAGAAACCCCUUCCAGAUGGUGCAGCACAGUACUAUGUAGCAGGGCAUCUUCCAGUGAAAUUGCCAGACUACAAUAACCGGCUGAGAGUUUUGGUAGCUACAUAUGUCACCUUCAGUCCUGAUGGUACAGAACUCUUGGUCAACAUGGGAGGGGAGCAGGUUUACUUAUUUGAUCUGACUUACAAGCAGCGGCCAUACACUUUUCUCCUGCCAAAGAAAUGCCACUCUUCAGGAGAGGUGCAGAACGGAAAAACAUCAACCAAUGGCGUGUCAAAUGGCAUCCAUCUCCACAGCAACGGCUUCAGGCUGUCUGAGGGGCGAGCACACAUAAGUCCACAGGUGGAGCUGCCUCCCUAUCUGGAGAAAAUCAAACUGCAAGCCAACGAGGCUUUUGCUUGUCAGCAAUGGACUCAAGCCAUCCAGCUUUAUAGCAAAGCUGUCCAGAAAGCCUCCAGCAAUGCCAUGCUGUACGGAAACAGAGCUGCUGCCUACAUGAAGCGCAAGUGGGAUGGGGAUCACUACGAUGCAUUGAGAGACUGCUUAAAGGCUAUCUCCCUAAAUCCAUGCCACUUGAAGGCUCACUUCCGCCUGGCUCGCUGUCUCUUUGAGCUGAAGUAUGUGGCAGAAGCACUGGAGUGUCUGGAUGACUUCAAAGGAAAAUUCCCAGAGCAAGCACAUAGCAGUGCUUGUGAUGCACUGGACCGGGACAUCAAUGCAGCCCUUUUCUCAAAAAGUGAUAAUGCGGAAGACAAGAAAGGGAGCGGCCCUAUCUGGCUGCGAGCAACAGGCCGAAAAGAUUCCAUUUCGGAUGAUGAGAUGGUGCUGAGGGAGCGCAGCUAUGACUACAAGUUCAGAUACUGCGGCCACUGCAACACCACCACAGACAUCAAAGAGGCCAACUUUUUUGGCAGCAAUGCACAGUACAUUGUCAGCGGCUCUGACGACGGCUCCUUCUUCAUCUGGGAAAAAGAAACAACAAACCUGGUGCGGGUGUUGCAAGGCGAUGAGUCCAUUGUCAACUGCCUCCAGCCCCACCCGAGUUACUGCUUCCUGGCCACCAGUGGCAUUGAUCCAGUCGUACGGCUGUGGAAUCCCAGACCAGAGAGCGAGGCACUGAACGGGCGAGUGGUGGAAGACAUGGAAGGCGCUUCCCAAGCCAACCAGAGGCGGAUGAACGCUGACCCACUGGAGGUGAUGCUGUUUAACAUGGGCUACCGGAUCACAGGACUGACUAGUGGUGGGACUGGAGGCUCAGAUGAUGAAGACAGCUCCGAGGGGCAAGUCCACUGCCGGACCAGCUAAAGCUGAACUGCCUCUCCUUCCCAUGAUUUGGGGUUUUUUUUGUUUUUGUUUCUUUGUUUGAAGGGAAAUCUAGUUUGCUCAGUUUGAACUCUGAUGAACGACUGCACUGUUUCACACUAUGCACAGAGUAGGACACGUCAGCAGGGGCAAGAGUGGCUUUGUUAAACUGCUGCUACUAUUUCUUCCCCCCUUUUGCCCCGUUCCACUAUUGAGCAGCAUGGUAACGCGGCCUGUUGAGUUUUGCCUCCCAGCAGAAUCUAGUCUGUACAGGGGUUCCUUUUCCACGUUGUCUGUGAGCAGUGUAAAACUGGUAGCCAUCCCCUCCUCCAGCGCUGCUGCAUGGCCUGGGCGGCGGGAGGCAUUGCCUACAUGAAUGCAUUUUACAGAGAGGAUGUUUAAAAACUCAAUAAAAUGUAAAACUAGGGCAGGGAUUAUGGAAUUAAGUUUAAUGCGGUGAUCUGUGUCUCUGAAGCUUGGCUUGCCUGCUCUGCUGCUAGCUAUUGGCCCAUAGUUGUGGCCUCUCUGGUGUCUCUUUCAGCCCACAGGACAGCUGAUGAGCCCAGCCUCUGCAUCUAAAGCCAUGGUCACAACCAAGUGGCUAGAGAGAACAUGGGCAGCUUAAUUCAUGUGACUCUGGAGGUGCAAAAUACAUGACACCAGGCAGAGAAACUGACUUCCUGGUAUUCAAUACUUUAUUUCUUCCAUGUGCAGAGAGAGAAAUGGCUGUAAUAGAGAGAGGCCCUGACACGGGGCUCUGUGACUUAUGUGACUUGAGCUAGUAAAAAGACCUGAUGUUGCUGCUCUUUGGAAAACUCCUGAUUCCCCCACCCCACCCCCGGCAACUUCUCCCAGAAUGUUUUCUUUCUUGUGUGUCUAUGGUUAGGCAUGUGGCGUAUGUGGGACAUGCCUCAUCACUGCUUGGGACUGAAUGCUGAAAGUGAACUGAUUCGCUGGCUCUCCACAAGGUUGUCCUUCCCCAUUUCCUUGACAUUUGUGUGACCUCCCACCUCUGCCAUGCAUAGAGGAAUCUCCAUGGGGUUUGUGAACCUUCUUAGUGGAGCCGCCUAUCCUUUCUCAAACCUUGUUUCUGGUGGGCAGGAGUCUUUAAAGUGGCACAGGAUGUUGACUCCUCUUUUUUGUUAAAUGACUCCAUUUUACCUGUUUGCUUCCAGCCAUCAAAUGGAUACCACACAGUUGAUGUAACGUGGCUUUUUUAAAAAUAUGAUUGUGACCUAAGCCCAAGAGUCCCUGCGCAAUACACGUAACAUUUGUUCUCUCAUUUAUGUUAAAUUCUAGCAUUGUUCCUUGAGGUAAGAAUGGAGGGUGGAGAGAGAAAGGUAUGCAUGACCAGGACAAAUGCUACGUUAAGGUUGGCUUUUAGGAACACAGAAUUCCUGUGUUUUGUGAAGGAAAGGACAUGUUUGGGAAAGUGAUCUCUGGACAUGGCACACACCUUGACGUCUUUUGUGUCACAUCUCUGGAGCAAGUGGUUGCAGAAAUAAUGGUGGCAUAAAAUCUGCUGUCAGUACAACUUCAGGGUGUGAUGGUGUUGAUAAUGCGCCAUUGUCUUGAACCAACUCAGACCUUCUCUUCCAGGUAACUCUUCUCUGGAAUUUAUGCUUGGAAUUGGAAGCAAGGCAGGCAGCCAUUUGUGGGUGGGUGUUGAGGAGAAAUAUGACUGUAACAUUGCUGUCUCCAUUAAACAUCUUUGCUUUGCCUCCCCUUGAAAAUGUGUGCCCUGAAAUAAGACCUUCAAUAGCAUCCCAUGGUCUUUCUGAGUAGAAUGACAUACCGUAGUCUUGCAUCAUGUUAGUGCAGCAUUCUCCAACUUGGUUCUCUCUAGAUCAGUUGGGGCACCAGGUGUUGUUGGACUACAACUCCCAACCCCCUGACAACUGGUCAUGCUAGCUAGGAAUGAUGGGAGUUGUAGUCCAACAACAUCUGGGGACCCAAGGUUGAGAAAAGCUGCUCAAGGUGAUGUUGAACUCAAAUACAUAGCUGUCCCAGCAAGAAUGGCCAGAGGCCAGAGAUGGUGGUUGUUUUAGUCCAGCAAUGUCUGGUGGGGCACCAGGUUUGAGAAAUCCUGUUCCUUUCAUGGUCCCCAAUAUGUUAACCAGAAAAAAACUAUGUUGUCUUUUGGCUCAACCCUUGCCAAAGCCAAGAUGUAUGCAUAUUAUACAGAAGCAAAGACCUUGGUUUCACAUAAUUUUUUGUCCCUAAGCAAAUGGUGAUUGUACACCCUUGCAGUCCGCAUUACUCUUAGGAAACUUGGGCCAGACUAUGCCAACUGUAGAUUGCUCCCCUCCCCAUUUACUCAAACCAUAUUCUGUUGUCUUGGCUGGACAGCCACUUCCAAUCUAUCACUUUUUUAUAUUCACUGCACGCCACACUCUCUUUAAAAAUCAAGAGCAUUGCUGUGUUUUCAAGGAUCUUAAAAACAGAAUACGGUAUCUUCUCUGAGUUGUAGGUAAGAGUUUUCCCUUGCAGUUUUCUUAUUUCGGGAACUUUCCAGUUGCUUAAAAGUACCCCCCCCCCAAAAAAACCACCCCUGAGUUAAUUGACUAGUAUUUAGGUCUCUAGGGAAGGAAAUGUAUUUUUUCUUCUGUCCCACCCACUUGUUUUUGCUGGCUUACCCUGCCGCCUUUUUCAUUUCAUUGGCAAUGCACUUUCUCCAGUCUGUAGGACAUAAGGUGCAAGCUUGGGUCUGCCUCCACUCUGCUCUAGAAGAUAUAUAUAUAUAUAUGAACAUAUAUACAGGUAUAUGUACAUGUAUAUGUGUAUGUGUAUAGAGAGAGACAGGCAGACAAGAGAGACAGAGCAGGGUGACCACUGCUUCAAAAACAUUGCUGUCUAGGGAUAGCCAACAUAGUGUCUGCCCUCCAGAUGCUGUAGACUACAACUCCCAUUGCUCCUGACUAUUGACCAUGCCAGCUGAAGUUGUGGUCCAGAACAUCUGAAGAGAACCAUAUUGUUUUACCCCGUUGUAGUCUUUUGGAUUCUCCUUGGACCUUCAAGCAUCCUGUUCAUUGGAUUCAAUUGGCCACAGCGUUAGAACCAUCAGCAGCCUCUUGUUUAUUAUAAAUGGAGCAAAAGGAAUAAAACCGCUUUGCGCAUGGUUGACUAUGGAAAAGCAGCAUACAAAUCAAUGAUGGUGAUGUAUUAGGUGUUCCAUUUGAUAAGGAGUCCAACGAGGAGACCCCGAAAGUAAUUUGCCUUUCUCUGUUCUGGAGACGAAGCCACUUCAGUGUGUGGAGGGCAGGUCACAGGUGGGAGAGGUGCACAAGCCUUUGGUGGAAUAACCCCAAUACAGUCUGUAACUUCUCACUCAUGUUCAGUUUCUUCGUCCUUGCAACAGUCAAAAGGCAUGCCAGUUCAACUUCCUUUUCAAACCUUCACAUCCAAAACUUGUGCAAAAAAAGUCAUGCUGAGAUUAGAAACUCUGUAGGAAAUAGGUUCGGAAUUCCUCUCUGCAGAGCUUCCAUUGUGGCAGCUAAUUUUAUUUAAUUUUAUUUUGCUGCUGAGCACUGUGUUUUCCUUCCCUGCUAUCCAUGGCAUGACAGCUGAAGUAUCCCUUUCCUAUGCCAUGGAUAGAUUUUUAGUUAAUUGCUGCUUAACUUAAAAUAAUAUUCAUGUUUUAAUAGUGGGCUAAUGGUUGCCCCAUAUUCUAGAGUACUUGAUUCUGGGCUUGUAGACCAUACUUGUGAAUGAGGGGCAUCUGUGUGGAUGGAGAGAAGAAAACCGUGAUGGAGGAAGAGGCGCUUUUAAAUUUAUCUUGUCCUCCUGCCUUAGUUUGUGUGCAGGAAGAGGAUAUACUCAUAUUGUUUUCCUCUUGGUUAACUCUGUCUAAUAGAGAGAUGCCCCAAGAAAUACUAUUUUUGUAAUCAAGCACAGGGAUCUCUUCUGGUGUAUAAAUAUGAUUAAUGCAUAGAAAAAGCUUCAUUUUGGCUGCUGGGAAAACAGUUGCCAUAUAAUUUUUCAGGAAUCUGAAAUGAAAUUUUCCCCAAAGUAUAUGUCUUUGCAGAACAACUGCCUUAGUUUUUUUGGAAGGUGGGGAGAUAAUGGGGUGUUUCUGUUUCUCUGAUCCCUGGAAGAGAAGGGGUUAAGCUAUUAAAAGCAUUUUUGUUCUA